AUGGCGGCCAGCUCGGCAAGUUUUAAACCACGCUUUUGGAAACCAGACACUGAAAAACCUGGCGGUGAUGUCGCGAUAGAAAGACCACUUAAUGAUAACGACACUGCAGCUGCAGCUGUUUACAAUCCAAACAGCUCAUUAUCCAUUUCUCUUCAAAGGCAAAGGCUUCCGAUUUUUAUGCACAGAACGAAUAUCUUAUAUCUCUUAGAGAAAUACGAAACUGUGAUAAUCGUCGGAGAAACAGGCUGCGGAAAGUCCACACAGAUUCCUCAGUAUCUUCAUGAGAGUGGCUGGACGGCAGGGAAAUGGAAAGUGUGCAUUACACAGCCUCGCAGAGUGGCUGUUGUUACUGUAGCAUCAAGAGUCGCAGAGGAGAGAGGUUCGUUCAUUGGCGAGGAAGUUGGUUAUACAAUCCGAUUUGACGACUGUUGCAAUCCAGAAAUUACUCGUAUGAAAUUUGUGACAGAUGGUGUGUUGUUGAGGGAAACGAUGAGUGACCCUUUGUUAUCACAGUACAGUGUGAUCAUGUUGGAUGAAGCUCACGAGAGAACGCUGCACACUGACAUUAUGAUAGGGCUGUUGAAAAAGAUCAAGAAAAAGCGAAAAGAUUUAAGGAUUAUCGUUUCCUCUGCUACUCUUGAUGCAGAGAUGUUCAGAGAUUUUUUCAACACCAACAUUACCAAAGAUCGCAGCAAGGAUACUGCAGCAAUUUUGUCAGUUAAGGGACGAUCGUAUCCCACAGAAAUACAUUACACUUUAAGUCCUGUUCCUGAUUAUUUAAAAGCAACAGUGGAUACUGUCAUGGGAAUCCACAAAGAGGAAGCCCAUGGUGACAUUCUUGCAUUUGUCACAGGCCAAGAUGAAGUAGAAGCUGUAGUUGCUCAGUUGAUUGAGAGAGCGAGAGAACAGCCUAAGGGUUCUCAGUACCUUAAAGUGCUGCCUAUGUACAGUGGUCUUCCACAUUCAGAGCAAAUGCUGGUUUUCAAGCCAACUCCCCAUCAUACAAGAAAGGUUGUAGUGGCCACAAACAUUGCUGAGGCAUCUAUUACCAUAAAUGGAAUUGUAUAUGUCAUUGACUGUGGGUUUGUAAAGUUGCGAGCUUACUCUCCCAAAGUUGGAGUUGAAAGUUUAGUCGUUGUACCAGUAUCACAGGCUUCAGCAAAACAGCGCGCUGGCAGGGCUGGUCGUGUAAGGUCAGGGAAGGUGUACAGACUCUAUACAGAGCAAGAUUUUGAUGGUCUUAAACCAUCUACUGUGCCUGAAAUGCAAAGAUGUAACAUGGCAUCUGUCAUGUUACAACUGAAAUGCAUGGGGAUUGACAACAUUCUCCGGUUCAAUUUCCCAGCGCGUCCUCCUGCCCAGAGUGUGAUACGUGGUUUGGAACUGUUGUAUGCUCUUGGAGCAAUUGACCAGCAUGGAAAGUUAGCUGAUCCCUUAGGAGUAAACAUGUCUGAGCUCCCUACAGAUCCAAUGAUAGCCAAAAUGCUGCUGUCAUCAGGAGAUUUUGGUUGUUCAGAAGAAAUCCUUACAAUUGCAGCCAUGCUGCAGAUACAGAAUGUCUUUGUCAGCCCAAGCAAACAGAAAGCUGCAGCUGACAAUGCCAAGAGAAAGUUCUCUGUUUAUGAAGGAGAUCACAUAACUCUACUGAAUGUUUAUGAAGCCUUUGUGAAGUUUAAGAAAAGCUCAAAGUGGUGUCAUGAGAACUUCCUGAACUACAAAGGACUCUGCCAUGCUGUGAAAAUCCGAGAACAGUUCAAGAAACUCCUUUUACAAUUUAAAGUGCCAUUAGUCUCUUGUGAUGGAGACAUUGACUCAAUCUGUCAGUGCAUUGUAAGUGGAUUCUUUGCUAAUGCUGCACGCUUACAUCCAUCAGGGUCAUACCGCACUGUGCGGGAUGACCAUCCACUCUACAUCCACCCGGCAUCUGUCUUGUACACGGAAACUCCACCACAGUGGGUGAUAUACCAUGAAGUGCUCCAGACAUCCAAGGAAUACAUGCGAGAUAUCACCAAGAUUGAUCCAUCAUGGCUUUACACCCUUGCACCUCAAUAUUAUGAAUUUGGUACUGAGAGGGAGAUUGCAGCAAAGAGAGCAAAAUAUCUUUGAUUUACACAACAAGCUCUUUUUUUAGAUGCUGCAGAAAUUGUGUACAAAUUUAUGGCUGAUAGUUUUUAGAGCCUUUAUGUCAGACUUAACUUACCAGUCAGUGAGUAACUUAUUCACAUGCUUAAAAAAACAAGCAGAACAGGCAUACAUGCCCUGUGCAGCCAAAGAUUUUUUAGCUGCAGGAAGGAGUUACUAUCCUUUGCUUUGGUGAAAAAUCUUUUGCAUACAGCAAGGCUGUAGGUUCAAUUUUGCAUUUUCAGGACUCAAACAUGUGGAGAAUUCUGUUUGUUGAUGGGUAAUUUUUCCAGAUGUGAAGUGGAAUUAAAGUCAUCAACCAUUCCAUUGCAACAGUUUGCCUGGUUUGUAAGCAGCACAAGUUGUCAUAUCCUUAUGUGCAGAUGACUUAGGAUCACUAGGUUUCAUUUAAAAAUACACAAAACUGAGAUAGUGUUUGAAACAAGGUGACUUUAUUCUGAAAGAGCUCAAUGAAAGUUUGUUAUGUGGCUAACUUUUCCAACUGAAGUUUCGAAAGUAAAAUCAAAGUUAAGUGACUCAUUCAGUUGGCGUGUAUCC